ACCAGACCAGACUUCCGUAGUUAUAAAAUACACAGAGACCAGACGUUUACCAGACCAGACCAGACCAGUUCAUACCAGACCAGACCAGACCAGACUUAAACAGACCAGACCAGACUUAAACAGACCAGACCAGACCAGCAAAUUUCAGUCCAAAAGAAAACAUCCUUACUAGUAUUUAUAAGCUUAUUUGAGAAAAAAAUUACAUAUUUUAUAGGGAGUUCAUAUUUAAGAACAUUGCCCUUUUAUUUUACUAUAUAUUAUCACCUGAAAUAUCCCUAUUAACAUAGAAAUCGGAAAAUUCACUGUUUCCUGAAAUGUACUUAGAAAGUAGUUGGGCCUAUACAGAUUUUAAAGCAUCUGUAAUUUUCUUGUGUGCCCAUUAUGCAUCCUUAAUUAAACGGCCCAAGUCUCCCUACCGCACGGCGACGAUCUUACUCCGACGAGUACAGAAGCAGGUCGCGGGCGAAUGCAGAAAAUGCUAGAAACAUCUGGAAAAAAUCUUUAAAUUCUCCUUUUCAUUUGCGAGGUUCCUGAUUGGGGAGCAGAAUUGAAAUUAUUGUGCUGAUUCAACGCUACAAACUGAAAUGCUAUGGAUGGUAUUGACGCUGAUAUGAUUGAGGCGGAAUCCUCCACCCCGCCGUCUUCCUCGCAUCCUCACCCUCCUCUUGGAUCAUCAUAUUCCAGUUCAGACCAGGAUGAAUUCGUCAGGAAUUUGCUCGCAAUGGCUCGCCGACUCAUCGAUCAAAACAUGCCAUCACAGGCUCUCCAAGCGGUGGUGGUGGCAAUAAGAUCAAGAGAUGGGGAAGAGGCUGUUCAUCAAUUGCUUAGCCGUGCUAGGGAGCUAUACAGUAAUAAAGUGCAUGCAAGUGCAGCUGCAGAUGAGUUGGCUUCUUUGUUUUCCGAAUUUGCUAUUACGCCUUCACAAACUGAGCCCUAUCAACGUGUAGAAAUAGACAAGAGUGGAACUUCAAUACUCUCAGAGACUGGAAGGAAACAGGUUAUGGAGGAUGCCUUCUCUGAUGGAAGUAGCUUCGUCUGUUAUCAGUGUGGGGGACUGGUUAGCACCCUCAGGAAAGAUGAGCACUACUCCUUCUGGUGUUGUAAGUUGUGACUUCGUCUAUGUCUUGUUAGUAGCAUCUUCACGUCGUGUCAGAAUAUCAAAUGCUGUAUUGCCAUCAAAGAGUUAAAGAGUUAUAUUGUUAAGAAUAUAAUGCAACCAGUAGAUUGAACACAUAUAGUGUUUUGAUCUCUUUGAGUGUAGUCAUCUCAUACAAUUUGUGCUUUGUACAUUUUGCAAGUUGGGAUUGAAGGUUUUGUGAGUGUACCAGAACUAAAUUUGUGCUGUAUGAAAUAAAAAAG